CAGUCUCCUGGGUCAUUAACCUGUCGCAUGUGGGAUACCUGAAGACACGGAUAUCGGCUUCUGUGGAAAAUAAAAGAGCAGACACGACAGAGUUCUGCUGAGGUUUUUUUUUGCUGUUUUUCGGAGAGCUUUUGUGUUGCCAGGGAAGGGAAAGUCCGAGCAGCCAUGUUGUUUCAUCCGGUAUCCGCCAAAUCACUCAACAGCCACUUCUGACCGAACCUGAUUUAGCAAACCAAAGAUGUCAGCGUGCAGCGACUUUGCAGAACACGUGUGGAAACCUGGCUCUUGUAAGAACUGCUUCCACCCGCUCAGUGCGCACCACAAGACUGUCGGCGGUCUGGAUGGCAGUGUGCCAGCUGCUUGUUUGAAGAGCAUCCUGGGAGGCGAUGAAGAAGCUGGAAUAACGGCACCUUCACCCUACAGCAAGCCAACCAUCGCUGUCAAGCCCACUAUGAUGAGCCUUGACACCAGCGAGUCAAUCACUGACGUCAACAUGAACAUAGAGCAGGAGAACACAAAGAGCCAAGUUGAUCGUUUGGGCCUGAAGAGGCUCUUGGACCUGUCGUCUCUUUACAUUGACAAUAACGGCUGCAACAAGGCCCACAAAGAGGCGGUUCUACAGAGUCCUGAAAACAAGAUGGACUACAACAACUGCUUUUCUCUGUCUUCCUUAUCCCCUAAUAUCUUGCCCAAAGACUCCAUGAUCAUCAGCAACAUCUUCGUCACCCAGGAGGAGGGUAGAAGCUCUCAGAAUCUAAAGAAGAACGCCAAUGGUGACACCUGUAGGCAGCAGAAUACACCCACCGCUAAAACCAAGAGCACUUACAAUGGAAUUAGUGUGACUCCCAGGCCAAACUUUCAGGAGUCUCAUCAGGCAUCUGUGGAGAUGCCUUUUUCUGUGGAUAUUGUCCCUACAAGUCCUGGCACAGCUCAUAGCAAUGGUAUCAGCAGUGGGGGUACUGCUACUGUCACAACAUCCAGCACUUCAACCACUUCCCCCACCACAGCCUUAAGUGUGGACACCAUUAGUCCCAAUACCCCGCCAUCCCUCCACUCUCCUCCCGUCCUGUCUGAACAGACAAGCCUAUCAGACUCCUCUAGUUCUUAUCGUAGCAGUACAGACUCACUUCCUGGGGCAGAGGGGUCAGGAGGAAGGCAAGUUAGGUCAGGUAGCCCCCAAAGCCCACCAAACAUGGGAAGCUCACAAUCGGCUCCCAACUCUCCCAAUGCACAGCCAGACUCAGAACCCAUUUAUGCAGAGAGCACCAAGAAAAAGCGCAGGCCGCAAGGAAAUGGGGUGCAAUCCCACCCUGUGUUCCCAAACCAGACUAAGAACUCAUCCCUGGGCUCUGAGCUCUCAGGGGAGACUCAGCGGGCCACUAUCACUGUCAUGGCUGCUCACACAGAGGAGAACAACAGGACUUUCUUCCUGAGCAGUCCAGAUUCAGCCAUCAGCACCCACUGCAACUUCAGCCCCACAGCACGUAAAGACCCCAGCAGCCCGGCCUUCCGCUGGCCCAGCCCCAGCCACAGUGCACCCUCUUUGGUCACAGAAGCCCAAAGUCUCCACCCGAAACCUCAGUCUAGCCCACCCAUCCCCCCAAAAAGGACCUCCCGUUCCCCCAAACUGGGCACCUCCAGCCUCUCACCGUCCAUGUCCUCUCCUGUCCCUCUUCCUGAUCUCCCCAGACUCGGCACAUCCAGCCUCUCACCGUCCAUUUCGUCUCCCGUCCCUCUCCCCGAACUCCCCAUGCUUUUUCUCGUCUCUGCUAGAGAGGGCCACUUCAAGGUCCACACAGAGACCCACACGUCCGAACGCUGGCACAAGCCCCACCACCACAGUUCUGGCUGGAACUGUCGCAUAGAGGAAGAAGAGGAAGAGGACGAGAGGGAGCGGAAAGAGGGGGAGAAGAAGAAGUCUUCCGCCAACUCGGGGACAACCUCUCGGGUGACAGGCCUGGUCAAUGGUGCCGCUGUCUGGAAGGAGGCCAGGGACUGCAAGGCCCACAGCAGCCCCCCUUCGAUGACAGAGCCAGGCACGGCCCCCCCGGCUGCCCCCAACAAUGGUGCCUGUCAGGGGGAGACUGAGGGCACCGGUGCAGAGGAGGAGGGCAAGCAGAACGGGAGCAUGCCGUCCAAGCAGCCGUUGCAUGGCAGCUCAUCAGAGCUGCUGGCAGCAGGAAAGGGAGCUGCCAACAAUGAGCCCAACCCACCACCACCCCCACCUAAGAAGCUGCACAGAGUAUGCAGUAAGAUGAGUGGCAGCAACAUGGAGCUGGACCGCUGCAGCCAACAAGGGUCAGUAGAGAGCCCUACUUCAUCUCUGCGGGGCCUGGGCAGUGUCAGCCUAUCCACCGCCUCCAUCGAUAACCUGACCACUGACACUGGUUCUCGGGAUGCUACACGGAUGUCUUGCUCCUCUCCAUUUUCCAGAAGUCCAGUGGCCUCAGCUCCUGGUUCUCCUCACCCACCCGCCUUCAACAGUUUAGGUAGCCAGCCACCUCCACUCCCAGAGAAGAAGCUGGUCAACCGCACUGUGUCGGCUCCAGACAGCUCAAACGGAAAACCCUUUGUCCGAGCCUACCCACGCCUCCCAUUCACCGGUUCAGAGAGCAACGUGUGCCGACCUGCUGAUGUCAGCUCCCGGUCCAGUUUACCGUCCAGCCCUGUUGACCCGCGACCCAUUUUCUCUUCUAACGAGUCUCUGGAGCGUUGUCAUGCCCAGCUAAGUCGACCCUCGAGGUCCCGGACAUUGGAUGAGCCCCUGAAAACUCACGGGCGACUGGGUGUCCACUGUCGAAGCAGCAUCACCUGCUCCUCUUCCCCACAACUCAGCGUGCCCUUCUCAACCUCAGAGCCUGGCUCUGCACCAAAUCUUGGUUCCAGCCUGCAGCUCCAGACCCUUCUGAGUAACAUAGACAGCAGGGAGGGAGUGUACUCCAAACUUGGAGGCCUGUACGCAGAGUCUCUGCGGCGCUUGGCUCUAAAAUGUGAGGAUCACUUCACUCGCUCCCAGAAGAACCCGCUUAGGUUUGAGGAGAGCAACUGGUCUCUGUUCAGACUCACCUCCAACAAGCCGAGCUGCAACUCUGGAGAUGCUGUGUACUACUCUGCUGCCUGCGCCUCAGACCCCGCCAACUCCUACGCUGUAAAGAUCUGCAAGAGUCCAUCCAUGGAUGCCAAGCAGGGCCAUCUCUACGGCCUGUCAGUGCAGCAGAGCAUGCCUCCCCACUUCAACCUCCAGCAGGACUGUGGCCACUUUCUCGCUUGUGUCCCCCAGAGCAUGCUGCCUUCUGACGAAGUCUCUCUGCCCACCACACCAGCCUCAUCAAAGCCUCAGCCCUCAGGGUCUGCGCCUGGCCAGCAGGUAGACCGAGAGCGAGUGGUGGUCAUCACCUCUGAGAUCCCUCAGCAGACAGCAGCUGACUUUGUUCGGGAGUGGGCGGCGUUCCAUAAAACUCAACCAGAAGUCUAUGAGCGCCGUGUUUGCUUCCUCCUCCUGCAGCUCUGCCAUGGUCUGGAGCACUUGAAGGAGCAUGGGGUCACGCACCGCGACCUCUGCCUCGAAAACCUGCUGUUGGUGCCUCAUCUCCGCAGGCCCUCCCAGUUCCUUCAUCAGAACUCGACUGAAAAUGCCACGAGUAACGGUGGAGAUGGUCAGCGUCACCUUCCCCGGCUCCUCAUCAGCAACUUUGCCAAGGCCAAGCGUCGCUCCUCUGAGGAUGCCGCCUCCACCAGUGUGGACCCUCGCAUCAAACGUGACCACGCCAGAUUGGCACCUGAGAUCCUUUCAGCAGCCCAGUACCGUAAAUUUGACGAGUUCCAAACAGGUAUUUUGAUCUAUGAGCUCCUCCACCAAGCAAACCCAUUUGAGGUAAGCCCAGCUCUGAAGGAACAAGACUACCGCUGUGAGGACUUGCCUCCGAUCCCCUCCGUCUCCCUUUACUCCGUCGGCCUGCACAGGCUGGCCCAGCUCCUGCUCCAACCGGACCCCAUCAAACGCAUCCAUAUCCAGGAGGCAAAGCGCAUACUGCAGAGCCUGCUCUGGGGCCCUAGGAAGGACCUGAUGGAGCAGCAGUGGGAGAGACACGGACAGGGGGUCGGCUUUGUCGACGGAUCUCGACACGAGGGCCUCUUGAACUGGCUGGAUGUGAAACGGGCCCUGCUCAUGAUGAAGUUCGCAGAGCGUUCGCUGGAGCCCGAGAGGAACGCUGAGCUGGAGGACUGGCUGUGCUGUCAGUACUUUUCCUCGGCUCACCCUCUGUCUCUCUGCCAUACUGCUGAACUGCUCUACUCGCUAAAGUGAUGGAGGAAUGUGUGUAAGAGAAAGACUUAUAUGUCUCGACACUAUGGAUGGGAGAUACUGUGAACCUACCCACCUGUUUGUGCUACUGCUGCAUGCAUCAGAGCCGUGCAUCAACCUUACCGUCCACCUUUUACACCAACAGUUCUGCUACAGACUGUUAGCAAAGAAAUGACCUGUGAAAAUUCAGCUAUUUUAAAAUUCUUCUAACAGUCACAGACAUAUGGACAGAAUAACUAAAACAUUCACUCAACAACAAGAAUUACUCUGUGCCAGUGUUGCCGAUAAAUAGAUCUGUAAAAAAGGAAGAAUAUUGACAAUGUUCAUAAUCCUAUAACACACUUACCAAAGUUUCAUGUUUGACACUGUAUUGUGUGUAUUUAUUAAAUAUCAAUUAAGACAUUUUACCCACUGAGAACAGACUAAUAAUUCAUAAGUUUAUUCUGUGUCAGCCAGCUUUGCAAAGUUAUACUGUGUUGUAUGUAGGCAAAUGUGCAGCUAACUUUUAAUUUAAAAAGAAAUGAGGUCACUAGCAGACUUACUGUUGCACCUUUCCGUUAUUUUUAUUCAUGGGCCCAUAGUGCUGUACUGUAUACUGUGUAAACAACACAAAUUCAACUUUUCUUCAACCAAAUCCACAGGAAGUUACGGAAUAAUGCUUGUUCCUCAGUUAAUACUGGUGUACUAGUUGCACAAUCCUAGUCAGACAGUAUUGCAUAAUAAAGACUUGAAUUGAGACAUGAAUUAAUCAUAAACCAUACUGUCAAACACAACCCGAUGUUCAUUGGAUUGACAAAACAAUGUUAGCUUUGGCUUCUACUGAAUGGAUGCCCAGUUUUUUCUCACGCUUACUUUUAGUAUAUAUUUAAAUGUUUUGACAUUUGUCACAGUGCCUUUUGUUCUUUGUAUGUUACAGUGACUCAGAAGCCAAAUGUAAAUAUUACUGAUCAUUCGUCCGUUGUGAAACUGGCCUUUCACCGAAUGUUCUAGAAACAACUUUGUACAGUAAUUUGUAGAUGAUAUGAGAAGAAAAAUGAGCCCAAGCAGGUCUUAAAAAGCCAUGAAUACGAGCAGCAGUUAAAAAUAUUUAUGAUAUAAUUUGUUAUCCCGUAGUAGUCACUGGAAUUUCUCUGUUUAUUUUCAUAUGUUGAUUAUCAAGUUAUUAUAAUUUUUUGCCUCCUGUGUCCCAUGUAGGCAUUGAGUUAAUGGGUAUUUUAUCCUCCAACAAAGUCAAGAAUUUAACAGCCUGCACCAGGUUUUUGUCCAUGACUGACUGAUGUUUCUAAUAUUACAGAAAUCAAAGAAAACAUUGUCAUAACUCACAACUAAUACAAUAUUGAUUUGAAAUAUUUUGUGUGUGCCUCACCUAUUUGCAUCUAUCAAUAAACUGUGCAUAUAUUUUCUCACAGUA